CCGAAUUAAAAAAUGUUUUCUUACUAAUCUGUCAUGCUCUAUAUAAUCAUGCAAAAACAUAAGUAAACUCGAUCGAUAUAAAUUUUUCAUUCGAAGUUCGAACCAUAUCCGUUCCAUAGUAUGUUUUUAAAAUAUCAUUUGAUAGAGCUCGAUGAUCUCUUUUGGUUUUUUUUACGUUCUUUAAUUUUUUUUUCUUUUACAUACAAAGAAACAAGGGCUGUAUGCUGCAAUGCUGUGUUUAUGUUCCAUUAAGAGUAGCGUUCCAGUUCUAUUCAGCUCAAUGCGCUGGUAGAUAUGGACACUGGAGUGACUGGACUGUGGAAGUCGUCAAUCUUGUCAUAAUUUUGGCGUUUUCUACCUAUUUUCUUACCAAAAUUUCAUGAACAUAAUAACUAUAAAUAAGGAUGGUUGAGAUGGAGAACAGCAGAAAAGACAAGAAUAACAUUUCUUUCAGAAAUUUGAAGAUUUUAGCUCCUAUGGUUCGCAUAGGAUGUCUGCCAAUGCGACUGUUGGCUUUGAAAUAUGGAGCUGACCUUGUUUAUUGUGAGGAAAUAAUUGAUCAUAGGUUUUUGAGGUGUUCAAGAGUGGAGAAUGCUGUUGUGAGAAGCAUUGAUUAUGUUCAUCCAGAUGGCAAUGUUGUAUUCAGAACAUGUGAAAGAGAGAAGUCAAAACUUGUUUUUCAAAUGGGAACAUCUGAUGCAGAGAGAGCCUUGCAAACAGCUAAGAUGGUAGAAAAGGAUGUUUCUGCAGUUGAUGUUAAUAUGGGAUGUCCUAAAGAUUAUUCCAUCAAAGGUGGGAUGGGAGCUGCUCUGUUGAAAGAUCCUGAAAAAGUUAAAAAUAUAUUAACAUCGCUUGUUAAAGGUCUCUCUAUACCUGUGACUUGUAAAAUAAGAAUCCUACCAACCAUUGAGGAAACUCUCCAUUUAGUGAAAGUGAUUGAGAGCACAAAUGUUUCUGCCCUUGCUGUUCAUGGAAGAGAGCAACAUGAACGACCAAGACAUCCAGUGCACAGUGACAUAAUCCAUAGAGUUGCAAAGGAAUUGAGCAUUCCAGUUAUCUGCAAUGGAGGAUCAGAGGAUAUAAAAAACUAUCAAGAUAUGGAGCGUUUUCAAGAAAAGACUGGUACAGACUCUGUGAUGGUCGCUCGGGCUGCACAAUGGAAUCCUUCAGUAUUCAGGAAGGAUGGAACAUUGCCUAUUCAGACAGUCGUCAAAGAUUUUAUUAAGUUUGCAGUGGAGUACGAUAAUUCCUUUUCCAACACAAAAUAUUGUGUGGCUCAGUUGAUGCACGAAGCUUUAGAAACACCUGAAGGAAUACAACUUAAACACAGCAGAACAAUGAAGGAAUUAUGUGAUAUUUGGGAAUUAGGAAGUUAUUUAAGAGAAUGGGAGAAGCAACGUCGAGUUAGAUCAGAAAAUGUGGAAAAGUCCCUGUCUGCCAAACGAAAGCGAGAAGAUGAUGUUAACGAGAUGAAUAUUUCAUAUAACAGGAGGCUUUACGGUGACUUCACUCCCAAAGGCAUUUUGUUUAUCUGGGCUAAGCAGCAAGGAUUCAAUCAACCGCGUUACGAAACGGUUGAAAAUGAAGAACGUUUGUUCAAAAGUGUCGUUAGUGUUAAUGGACAAAAAUACACUUCAUAUUCCGGGGACAAAAGUAAAAAGUCUGCUGAACAACUCGCCGCUUUGGUUUGUUUAAAAUUUUUGGGUAUCGACGACAGGAAAAUAAGAAGCUGAGAAAUUCUCUGGAAAAUACGAAGCUGAGAAAUUCUUUCGUGGUUGCGGGGUUGUGUGAAUACAUCCUGUGGCAGAGAUGGAUAAAAUUGAGAUGACGUGAGGGUUGAAUGAAGGAUAAAGGUUUGAGAUUAUCAUUGAUUGUAUUCAAAGUGAUUGUUGUGGUACUACCAGAGUACAUUGCAAGUUCGAUAUCCCAUGUCUGAAAGUUGCAAAUACUUCCUCAAACGGUGGAGAACGGUACGUUCAGCUCUUUCCUCUCGUGAUGCAUGUGCGAGACUGCGAGGCGAUGUAAACAAACUAUCGAGCAACACUAA